UCUCCACCUCUGCUUGAUCACUGCAGCAUGGCUGCUUGCUUUAACUUUUAACUAUUAGCACAUUUAAACUCUAUUAUCAUUGUAUAGUAACACGUUUAUAUUCACUAAAAUUUGAAUUAUUUAUUUCACAAUAUAUUCCCUAUUGAAUACAACAGUUUCAUCAAAUUACUAUACCUUAGAGCAUUUACUUUUUGAUAAAUAGCCAUGAUUUCUUCAUUGCAUUUUAUUUAUUUAGCGGUUUUAGAAACAAGUUUAGGAUAUAGCAUUGCUGAGAACAAAGAGCACGAACUUGGUAGUUUGACAUAUGAUGAUUCCUAUGUAUUCAGCUCUGUACAAACAACUGCUAAUAGGAUUAGUAGGAACAUUCAAUCAAGAUUUCGUACAAGCUUCCACAUAGAAAGCAACACUUUAGUAACAACAGAAUCGAAUCAUCAAAGACCACCAUUUGUUGCUCACUCGACUUCUUUUAUCACGAAGUCUGUCAUGCAUUCAACCGUUCCCCCUCUUAAUACAUAUCACGAACUUUCGUCUAUGGGUGAUGAUGAUAAUGACGAUGACAAUUUGGAAGAUAAAACACAACAACAACAGACUUGGAUCGUUAAUAAACACCUUUCAUCAUUGACUAGAGAUACUGAUAAUAAUAAUAAUAAUAAUAAACUAAUUGAAAAAACUCAGAAAUUUAAUGACAGUGUUAAUUCAUCAAUUGGUAGAUGUUUGCCUGAUUUUUCUGAUAAUAUUUUGUGGAAUGAAACAGAAGCUGGAACUUUAGCAGUUGCUUCGUGUCCAUCAGAAUAUCUGGGGACACUUUAUCGUUCCUGUUCUAUGAUUGGAAAAUGGGAGCAGAUCGAUUAUUCUCAAUGUAAACUCGAGUAUUUAGAAAAAAUGGGCCAUCUCAUUACCUACCACAUUGAAAAGAACCAUUUUGAUGGUCUAAGGCAUUUAGCAAGUGAAUUUGCUGAUUAUUUAAAAGAUAAGGCCUUAGUCAGCCCUAUAGAUAGACUCCAGGCAUUGAAUAUGUUAAAUGAUAUAUUAAAAUCCAAUGGAGAAGUUCAGAUAAAAAAAGAAAAAGAUCGAAAAUAUGUUCAAGCACUUCUAAGAGUAUGUGACAUUAUCCUAGCAAGAAAUAUUACAUUCACUUACGAAAGAGAGAAAAAUGCUUUACUUAGAAGAAAAGCUGUAGAAAUUUUGUUAGAUUUAACAUUUCUUGCUGAUAAAAUACUUAGAGCUUUGUCACGUGUGAAGAAAAAAGACGUGGAGUUCUUCCAGGCUAAUAAUAUAGAGAUGUAUAUUUUUACUAAAGAAUUAAGUAAAAAUAUCAAUUGGAUUGCUGAAAAUGACAGUUUAGAUAUGGAUAUAUUCAACACGUCUUUCAAGUUAAAAUUAUCAGAUAACGAAGGAGAGAUAUACAUUGUGAUCUGGUUGAAAAAUCUUGGAGAAUUGUUAAACAUCAAAGAUUAUUCUGUAGUCAGUGAUAUUGUUAUUGUAAGAAGUAUAAGUACCACUGGAUAUACAAUGUCUGCUCCUUUUGAUUUAAUAUUUAAAAAGAUAACGUUUUUUAGGGAAUUGCCAGAAUCAUCGAUUAUAUUACUGAAUAUCGUUAUUACUAUAGCUGUUACUCAAGUGAUAUUUAUGACUGGAGUGAACUCUACUGCCAAUCAGAGAGUUUGCCAUUUUGUAGCAUUGACUCUGCAUUAUUUUCAUUUGGUAACGAGCUUCUGGUUACUUAUCUACAGUAUGCAUUUAUAUCGUCGAUUAAAUCAAUGUCAAGAUUCUCUUAGUCGUGGAUUCUUUUUUAUUUCAUGGACAUGUCCUCUUUUUAUUGUCAUCAUUUCAUUUGUUGUCAAUCCUAGAGGUUACGAGACUUCCAGAUACUGCUGGCUUUCGAUUCAUCGUGGGAUGGUGUUAUCAUUUGUUGUUCCUGUUACCUUUCUAAUUAUGAUAAAUACUGUUAUAAUGGUGAUGUCUCUGAAAACAUUUUUCGACCAAAGACCAGUUAUUCACAAGUCUGAAAUCGAUAAAAUGAGGAUAUCUCUGCGUACAAGUGUAACAUUAUUGCCUUUUGUCGCCAUUAAUUGGUUCUUUGGCGUACUGUCACUCGAAGCCACCUACACCAAUGUCUUCCAAUAUACCUAUUCUCUUACUAACAGUGCUCAGAUAACACAUAGCUGGAAAACAAAAUUGAAAUGGAGAAGUAAGAGGAAGAAGUUGACAGCAAUGAAAUUAAAAAGAACAUCAAUACUUACAUCAAAACCAUCAAAUUUAGCCACUAUUGACUUACAAGGUCGUGACUCUCAACCAUUAUUAAUUAGUGCUCCUGUUCAAUAUGCUGUCAUCAAUGAUCCUUGUUGUUCUAAUGUUCGCACCUAAACAAAA